CUUUUAUUUUGAAGGCUGUAGACGGAAGUGAUAUAUACAUGAUGCGUUCAUGGAUGUGUAUCAUAUGGAUUGAAAGCUGUCGACUCGGCAGAUCUGAGUAGAUUCAGUGUAAACAGGAGGAAUCUGACAGCAGCACAAUGUGGUGGUUGCUGUGGUUGCUCGUCGCCUUACUGGUUCUCUUCUGCACCCUCGAUGUAUGGUACUUCCUCCGAGUCGCUGCUGUGAUCCUACGAGCCUGGUUCCAGCCUCAAAUCCGGGACAUCACAGCAGAGCAGACCCUCACAGGCCGGGUCACCCCUCGUGACAUCGACAUGUGCCACAUGAACAAUGCUCGUUACCUGCGCGAGUGUGACUUUGCCCGCUUCUCCCUCUACAUACGUAACGGCGUGUUUAAGGGAUUGCGAGCACUCAAAGCUUCAAUGGUAGUGGGGGCAACCACCAUCCGCUACCGCAGGGCUCUGUGUAUAGGGGAGGGUUUCGAGCUAAGGAGUCGCAUUGUCACAUGGGAUGACAAAGCUUUUUACCUGGAGCAGAGAUUUGUAUCCACUAAAGAUGGGUUGGUGUGUGCCGUCAUGUACUGCAAGCAGAGCAUCAUACGCAGCAGCCCGGACAAGAUCAUGCAGCACCUGUGUAAGCGCAAGGUGGACUGCCCUGAAUUUCCAGAGGACCUCCAACACUGGGUCAAUUUCAUCUCUGCCAGCAGCCAGGCCCUCAGAGCCGAGAGCGGACUAGACGAGAAGAGCAAAUGAGAAACUGCUUUAACACUGGCUUUUUGUCAGUUAAGACAGCUAAUGUAACAAGUCAGGGUUAAUAAAUGUAUUUGUCUUGCUUCAAAUUACUUGACCGAAACACACUUGUGCCUUCAUAUUUAAAAUUAAGUUUUGUUUGCAACCCAAAUACUUACCUAUGUCAACACUGAAAGAACUACAGUAGCACACAAGUUUGUUUUUUUUAGUCUAGAAGCUGAAAAUCAUGCACUAAUAAUAAAGUAUUAUGAAUGUAUGAAGUUUAUUGUUACGUACCUUCAAAGCAAUAAAACAAAUUAGUUUUGAA